AUGUCCGGGUCUACCAUCCUACGUCGGUUGUUUCCCCUCGUCGUUUUCCCCGUCCUCUCAGCGCUCGCGCUAAAACUGACCUUUGGAAAUAUUCGCGCUUCUGGCUUGCGUCCUCAACUUGAAGCGCAAUGCCCGAUUCCACUUGGCUCGGCGCCUCAUCGUCUCGAGUACACCACCUUGGAGUCCGUCGACAAAGCGCUCUGCGGAAUCGUCACCUUCUUCCACCUCGCACUGACACCAGAGGUUCUGCCCCUGCUCAACUACUUUCUCGGCUCGGCAUUCUCGCUGUUGGCACUCCCCGCAUUCGAAUCACACCGUAUCGGGCGCGCGAGCAUCCUCGGCCUCCCGGUCCUCGUCGGUCUGUCGAUGCAGGUGUUCACUGUCGGCGCCGUGCUGCCGCUGUACUGGCUCGUAUUCAUUUUCUCCGGCGCGGCGGAGCGCAAGCCCCCGAACGCGUCGGUGCCAAACGCUCAUGCCCAGGCGACCGUGUUUGGACUGGUCGUCGGCGUCGGCGUCCCCUCGGCCUGCCUGAUCUUGCUGCGUGACUCGCACGUCACCGCACUGUGGCAGAUAUUCCCCGUGUUCCAGUUCAUCGCGCAGGCAGCACAUCUGCUGGUCCGGCGGUCGGAUACCCGAUCGGGUUUCUCCUGGGUGCAGGCACUGUAUUUGGGGGCCUUCAUCAUCGCCUCGUCGACGCACUUGGCCACGCUGUUCGGACUGGGACCUGAUGUGGUUGAUCUGAAGGCCCUGUUCACCCCGUCCGUCGCACCCCGAUUGGACGUUCCCAUGAAUCUCAAAGCAUUUGAUUUCCUGCAAUGGGAUCUGUUCUUCGCCUUCGGGUCGACGCUGCUUGCCACCUUGUGGUUUGCGCGAUCAGCGUCUCAGUUCAUCCUCCUCGUCCUUUGGAACACUGCUGGGAGCAUCCUGUUCGGCCCAGGUGCUGCGAUCGCCGGCGUUGCUUUGUGGAGAGAAUCUUAUCUGCAUUCUGGCCCAAAGAGUCAAGAGAAGAAGAAAGAGUAGUAGUUUGUCUGCGAUUUCGAUUGUAAUUCUGAGCAAUCCAAAAUAAAUGCGCGUCGGGUAUUC